AUGAAGGAGCUCCGAAUUGAGAAGUUGGUCAUCAACAUCUCCGUCGGUGAAUCCGGUGAUCGACUUACUCGAGCUGCCAAAGUCUUGGAACAACUUACUGGUCAAACCCCCGUCACAUCCAAAGCCCGAUACACCAUCCGAUCUUUCCAAAUCCGAAGAAACGAGAAGAUUGCCGUCCACGUUACCAUCCGAGGACCUAAAGCUGAGGAAGUUUUAGAGCGAGCUUUGAAAGUCAAGGAGUACGAGUUAAGGAAGAGAAACUUCUCUGAGACCGGAAACUUCGGUUUCGGUAUUGAGGAGCACAUUGAUUUGGGUAUCAAAUACGACCCAGGAAUCGGUAUCUUCGGUAUGGAUUUCUUCGUUGUCAUGGGCCGACCUGGUCUCCGAGUCGCUCGACGAAAGCACGCCGUUGGUAAAGUUGGUGCUCAACACAAAGUUCGACCUGAACACACCGUCGCUUGGUUCAAACAACGAUUCGAUGGUAUCGUCUCUCGAUAA